AUGUCCGGGCUGAGGAUCAGCCUAGACGACCUGGAGAGCGACAGUGACGACUCCGCCCAAAUGACCCACCAGGUGCUCCGUCUUGGCGAAAUUACGGUCUCGGCGGAGGGGCUUACGACGUCGAUGGGCUACAAGUACGGCUUGUCGCCGGAUGACGUCGUUGUGAGUGCGACUGGGUUUUUGGGUCAAGGCAGCAGUGGAUCUGUGCGCCGGGCGACACAUCGCAAGACUGGCGAGGCUCUCGCCUUGAAGGAGAUCAAAAUCACUAGCCAGGCACAUCUGCAGGAAAUUAGACGAGAAUUGGAGACACUUCACCGUGAAGGGAACAACUCCCCGUACCUGGUGGGAUUCUAUGGCGCCUUUUGUCACGAGGGUUCUGUUUUUAUCGCGAUGGAGUGCAUGGACGGCAGCUUGGCCAGUGUAAGAAAACCGGUGCCAACCGAGGUAUUGGCGAGCAUCGCGCGCAGUAUUCUUCGCGGUCUCUGGGACCUUCACAGGAACAGGCACCUCAUCCAUCGUGAUCUUAAACCCAGUAAUAUUUUGUUUAGUCUGGAUGGACGCAUUAAAAUAUCGGAUUUUGGCGUGAGUUCUUUUUUGGAGUGCACCCGUGCCAACGCACAUAGCUUCGUGGGGACGCUGACCUACAUGAGCCCUGAGCGCUUAAAAGGGGAGUCUUAUUCAUUCGCGGCAGACAUAUGGUCCUUUGGGCUCGUUGUUGCUGAGCUUGCCUUAGGCCGGUGCCCGUUCACGGAAAAAUUGGCGCGUGCCAAUUCUUCAACGGAAGCUGGCUUUUGGGUGCUGCUGCAGCAUCUUAGUAGCGAUGGGCCGGUUAUCGUCCUGCCGCCAACAAUGGACUCGGCACUGGCUGACUUUAUAUCAGCGUGCAUUCAAAAAGAUUCCCAAAGUCGUCCUACCUGCGAAGAGUUGUUGCAGCACCCUUUUAUUACCAAUGCGAUGAAAGAUGACGACAAGCAUGUCAUUAAGGAGUGGCUUUUGCUGAUGGCUAUGCAGGCAGAACUUAUUCCCUCCUCGGCGGAACGUGAGACGCCCCUGAUGACGCAGUCGGGAGCAACUGCAUCGCUAAAUCUCGAUGACGAGCUCAGCAAGCUGGUUCGCUGA